AUGGCGCCUAGACUCCCUCCUCCACCUCAACCUAACGAGCCUGAUACGUCCAACAACACUAGGUUGUUGGAGACAGUAAUUGAUAGACUGCAGCAACAGAAUACUACGUUAAUGGAGCAGAACGCCACUCUUAUGCAGCAGAAUCAGAACGCCAUGCAGAGUUUGGAGGCCUCUCGAGCCAACUCUGAAACGACUCAGCGACAGUUAAUGGAAAUUCUUGCUGCUACCAGGGGCACGUCAGGAACGUCCUCUUCCAACGCUGCCCAGCCUGCUGCUGAAUGGAGCUUGGAGAGUUUCCUCCAACACCAUCCGGCCAAAUUCAGUGGAAAAUGCCUCCCUGACGAGGCAGAUCAGUGGCUAAGAGACAUGGAGAGAAUCUUUAACGCCAAAAGAUGCCCGGACGAGAACAGGUUGGCGUUCACAGAGUACCUACUGACUGGAGAAGCUAGCCACUGGUGGGCGAGCAUGAGAGCAAUCUUAACGGACGCCCAAAAUCUCAUUACGUGGGAAGUAUUCAGGAGCAAAUUUUAUGAGGAAUACUUCCCUGACAGCGUUCGUUUUGCCAAAAAAGUGGAGUUUCUGCAGCUCGUUCAAGGCGGGAUGUCCGUUUCUGAAUACACCAACAAAUUCAAACAUCUCGUCAGGUUCAAUACUAUGGCCACCAGUGAAGAGUGGCAGUGUAGGAAGUUUGAGAACGGUCUGCGGAGUGACCUGAAAGUGUUAAUUUCCAGCUUGUGUAUCCGAACGUUCCCUGCUAUGGUUGAGAGGGCCAAGGUAUUGGAGAAGAACAUGGUAGAAGCAGAACGGCACAAGAAGCAACAACAGGUGGUAAGGGGACCAAUUAUGUUAAGAAACAAUGUUAAUCAGAGGAAAACCCCUUACGCUCGUCCAAACCAACCAUCCAAUGCAAGUGGGUCACAAGCGCUGGUUUCUGUUGGACAAGGAAACGUAACUUGUUUCCAGUGUGGAGGACCGCAUUAUCGCUCGUCAUGUCCUCAAUUGGUAGGAGGAAAAUUCUGCGCUCGUUGUAGAAGGAGUGGACAUCUGGAAAGCGAGUGCAACAUGGGGGGACGGGCAGUAAUGAGACCACCGAACGCUGGAAGGAAUCAGCCAAGAGGUGGACGAGCUCAAGCAGUGGGACGAGUGUAUGCUAUAACUGGAGCAGAGGCAGCAAGCUCAGCUGAGAGAGAGAUGCAGUUCGACUUGGUGGUAUCAACCCCAGCGGCUGGAGAGCUUAGGACAUCUACCGUAUGCAUUAGAUGUCCUAUUGUGGUUGAGGGGCGUAGUUAUAAGGUGAAUUUGAUUUGUUUGCCUUUGAAGGAGUUAGAAGUAAUUUUAGGAAUGGAUUGGUUGGCUACCAGUCGCAUUCUUAUAGACUGUGGCAAGAAGGAGUUGAUCUUUCCAGAAGAAAAUGAAGAAGAGUUAUCAGUGACGCUCGGCCAACUUAAAGAAGACAUUAUGGAGGGCGCCAUCUGUUUCCUGAUUAUGACGCAUGAAGAUCAGGAAUUCAGAAGUGUGGUAAAAGGACGAUCGUUCAAAGGUGACAGUAAUGGACGAUCGGUUGUGGAUGAGUUUCCGGACGUCUUUCCGGAAGAGAUACCUGGACUUCCCCCUCCUCGUGAAGUGGAAUUCACCAUUGAUUUGGUGACGACGGCAGCACCCAUCUCUGUUCAGCCAUAUCGUAUGGCGCUUGCAGAAUUGAUUGAACUUAAGAAGCAGAUUGAAGAACUGUUGGACAAGCAAUUUAUCAGGCCGAGCGUAUCACCAUGGGGAGCGCCUGUGCUCUUAGUGAAGAAGAAAGAUGGCAGCUCUCGGUUGUGUAUAGACUACAGGCAAUUGAACAAGUUGACCAUCAAGAACAAGUACCCAUUGCCAAGGAUAGAUGACUUGUUGGAUCAGUUGCAUGGGGCCACUGUAUUCUCGAAAAUUGACUUGCGGUCUGGAUAUCAUCAAAUCAGAGUUAAGGAGGACGACAUCCAGAAGACAGCGUUCAGAUCUCGUUAUGGGCAUUAUGAGUAUGUGGUGAUGCCAUUUGGAGUGACGAACGCACCAGCAAUCUUCAUGGAUUAUAUGAAUCGGAUAUUCAGACCUUAUUUGGACAAGUUUGUGGUCGUCUUCAUAGAUGAUAUUCUCAUCUACUCCAAGACGCAAGCCGAACACGAAGAACACUUGAGGGCAGUACUGACCGUGUUGAGGGAAAAGGAGUUAUAUGCAAAGUUGUCCAAGUGUGAAUUUUGGAUGAAGGAAGUACAAUUUUUGGGUCAUGUGGUGUCGGCUGGAGGCAUCUCGGUAGAUCCAGCUAAGGUGCGAGCGGUGUUGGAUUGGAAGAGUCCGCGUUCGGUCACUGAGGUUCGUAGUUUCGUGGGACUUGCGGGCUACUAUAGACGUUUUAUUGAAGGAUUUGCUAAGAUAGUAGCUCCGCUAACUCAGUUGACCAGAAAAGACCAGCCGUUCGCCUAG